AAAAAGUCUAAGAUUUGGGUUUAUUGGGUUACAGUGUGGCAACAUGGCGACUGUCAUUCACAAUCCACUAAAAGCUCUCGGCGAUCAGUUCUACAAGGAGGCCAUCGAGCACUGUCGCAGCUACAACGCCCGCCUGUGUGCCGAGCGCAGCGUCCGAAUGCCGUUCCUGGACUCGCAGACGGGCGUGGCUCAGAACAACUGCUACAUCUGGAUGGAGAAGCGACACAGGGGGCCAGGACUGGCUGCGGGUCAGAUGUACACCUACCCCGCCCGCUGUUGGAGAAAGAAGAGGCGACUGCAUCCGCCAAUCGACCCUCAGCUCAGACUGUGUGAACUCAGGCUUGAAGCCGAGUUGAUGGCGAAGAGAGAAACUCCCCCGGCGGAGGCCACGGCACUGGAGACACUGAUCAGAGGAGACGCCCUUCUGGACAAAAGGAGCAGCAGCUCCAAGGAGGAAGAGACUCUGCUGGAGAUUCAGAGGGUGCUCGAGGCUGAGGAAAACGGAGACGGUUUCCAUGAUGAGGACGAGUUUGAAGUGGAGACGCCGAAGAGGAAGCAGAGAAAUAAAGGCAGGGGUCGAGGUUCGAGCCGUAAGAAGACGGAGUCGCUGACGGGGGAUGAUCAGGACAAACCCUACGUGUGUGACAACAGAUACAAACAAAAGCAUAACUCAAAAACGGCUGACUCAGUUUGUGGUAAGCGUUAUAAGAACCGGCCCGGUCUGAGCUACCACUACACGCACACACACCUGGCUGAGGAGGAAGGCGAGGAGGAGAGAGAACCCGAGAUCCCUCAAUCACCACCGGAAAACAAGACUCAAAACCACAAGCUGCAGAAGGGAUCUGACGGCGCGGUCAUCGCUAACGACUACUGCGACUUCUGUCUCGGGGACUCGGGCUCUAACAGGAAGACGGGCCAAGCCGAGGAUCUGGUGUCGUGUUCGGACUGCGGACGCUCCGGCCACCCGACUUGCCUUCAGUUCACAGAGAACAUGAUGCAGGCGGUGAGGACGUACCAGUGGCAGUGCAUCGAGUGCAAAUCGUGCAGCCUGUGUGGCACCUCAGAGAACGACGAUCAGCUCCUGUUCUGUGACGACUGCGAUCGGGGAUACCACAUGUACUGCCUCAAACCUCCCAUGACUCAGCCGCCUGAAGGAAGCUGGAGCUGCCAUCUUUGCUUGGACUUACUAAAGGACAAGGCGUCUGCUUUUGGAGAAGCAAAAACACUGUAAAAGAAACGCUCCGUGUUCUUCUUCCGUAAGAGCGGACCGCAGCGCCGACCUGCACGACGUCCGUCCGUCUCGUCUCGUCUCGUCCACGCCGCACGAAGUCACGCACGCUCCACGCGGAAAUCUACCUCGCAGCACCAAAUAUCUUUUUCGGAAGAUCAGACCGAAACACGCCAGGUUAGACAAGGACUUUGUUCCAGAAUCGUCGUAGAUCGGAUGGUCAAUGAUGUCAAACUAACGAGAUGCAGAUUUUUUAUUUUCUUUUCCAAAUACAAGUCAUACAAGUCUGUAUUUGAACGCACUCGAUUUUAAUACGUAUGAUAAAUGAUUGGUGUAAACCUUUCCGACCAAAAGCCGGCCUGUUUCUGGUGUUUGUCGAUCACUUUCGUAUUUUUAAAGUCAUUUUUAGACUUUGUUCCUAGAACUGUAAUAAUCCUAUCAUUUUAAAAGGUGCUUCAGACAAACCGUGGUUCACAAUAGCGUGGAUUCGGCUCAUGUCUUCGUUUCGGGCUUCUGUGUAUAUUUAAACCCGAGGGGAAGCGGAGCGGCUCAGCCCCGCCCUUUUUUCUCUUUUCGUUUUCAUUUCGAAAGCAACCGGUGAUUUAUUGCAAAUCGGUUUUAAAGGCAGCGGAAAUAUUUAGAGACGCACCGAUACUAAAUUUCUCAGCCGAUACCCAUAAGCGAUUAUUCAGAGCGAUAUCGGCCGAUACCGAUACCGAUACCGAUCGUUCUGCCUUUUAUACCUUCUUAUAAAUGAAUAAUAAUUAAUUUAAAAGAAUUCUGAAAGAAAUGCAAAUAAAAGCUUUAUUCUCUCCAUUUCAAUGAGUUGUUUGACAGUAACUGGUCUCAUCAGCACACAACACAUUACUCUAAUUAACAUGAACACAUGAACUCAAUUCUGAAGAUUAAAGUAAGAUUAUGAACUUAUUGAAUGUUAUUCAUUCAUAUUAACGUCGACUGAAUUGUAAAAACCCUCCUGUUAGUCUCACAUUCACUCUCCACUAACACAAGCACUUCUACUCCAUCACUGACAUCACACUGCUCAUAUAUAAUAUCCACUUUUUAUAUAUUAACAUUAACUGGAUAUGAAAUAUACUACUCUACAUAUAUGUUUCUGUGCAAUAUAUAUAUAUAUAU